AGUGCAGCUCUCCAGGAUCCAGGAGUUUGCAGAGGCAGCAGAAAAUCUGUACUCGGAGACCGUGUGUAUGUCCACCAUGCCCUGACUGGGCUCUGCAAACAUGAGUUUGCAAGGAACCAUGACCACCCUUGGGUAGGUUGAUGAUACAAAUAUAGAAGAGUGCUCAUUAAACAAAGAAGCCAAACUACGUCCAAAAGGGCUUUCUUUCAUGGAGAAAGUAGAACUACCAACAAAAGAGGACCUAGACUGUUUUAAUCCAGAAAGAACCACCAAAAACAUCUGUGUGGAACAAGACGACUUGUACUCACAAAAGGGAUAAAACAAGAAGCAAACAAACAAAAACCCUGCCCUUUGGGAUGAUAUUUUUAUCAACCAUCUCUCCAUAAAAGACUAUAAAAAGGAGAGCAGAUAUUGUUUUUUAGAAACCAGAAGAGUGAUACAAAAAAUGGAGACAACAGUGGCAGAAAUUCAAGUAGAAAGCAAGGAUGAGAAGGAGUCUGUAGAGAUAAGUCCUCAGGAUGAGGAGCAGGUUGAAAAAGCAUCCAUGAUUUGUUUUAAAAGAAGAAAGAAAUCAGCCAAAGCUUUGAAGUCGAAGAAUUGUUCUGAAAAAGCCCUCUCAGCACCCCAUCACACAGGGCCACGCAGUGCCAAGCAUCACACAGAAGUGGAAGCUUCAGAUCAGUUUCAGUCACCAGGGGGGACCUGGGCAGCAAUCAGACGCCUUGUCACUCGACAGAAAAGGUCAAAAUCUUCAAAGAAACAAGUCCCCUUAGAUGCUAAAACACAACCUAAAGAAAACACUGGCAACACCAAACCUGCUAAGAAAAAGGCUCGACCCAGGAUUAAAAUCCCCUGCAUAAAACUCUCGAGAAGCAAGAAAAAAUGCAGCCAUUCCCAAAUUAUUGAAGAAUCAGAAUGCAAUAUGAAAGUAAAGGAAGUUACAGACACUUUUGAUACAAAGAUUCAGACUCCUCGGGAUGCUCCAGCAGGAAAGGAUAAAUUAAUUGCAGAUGUAAGUGGUGAUAGUUCCCAGGGAGGUAGUGUAAGUGUGCCCCAAGUUAGUAACAUCAGCUCUUCGGCGGAGAAUGUGGCUUCCAUAGAACUUGGGGUUGAUACAGAACCUUGUUCCAUUCAUACAACCGCAUUAAUCCUUGAAAAAGCUAUUGAGAAGACAGAAGAGAAACAGGUGGUAAACUUCCAUCCAGAAAGCCUCCCUGAGACUUCAGAAGCAGGACACCAGCUCCCUAAGGAGAAUGCAGAGGUCGGUAGUGUUGUGGCACCCGAUGAAACCCCUGCAGAGGCACCUGCAACUCCAGAGACACCGAUCGUGGAAGAAACAUCUAAGGAUGGCACAGACCAGGAGCCAAAAGAGAAAGAACAUGAAAGUGGAGUGAUUGCUUCUGAAAAGAACGAGUCAAAAGACAACAUAGUGUGCUUCAGUAAACCAGAUUUCAAAGAAAAUGCAGUAGGUCCGAAGACGCCCCAAUUAGAAGAAAGCAAAAGGAUGGAACCAAUUGCUAUUAUUGUCACAGACACUGAAGUCAGUGAAUUUGAUGUAAAGAAAUCCAAAAACGUCCCUAAGAAAUUCUUAAUAUCAGCUGAAAAUCAGCAAAGUGAGCCAUUUUCUAAUGCUGUCUCAUCCCAAGGGGUUAAUGAUUUUGAGGGCAGAACUUCUGAACAGUAUGAGAAGCUUUUAAUAGAAACUGCUUCCUCGCUUGUGAAGAAUGCCAUUCAGUUGUCUAUAGAACAACUGGUGAAUGAAAUGGAUGCUGAUGACAACAAAAGAAACAAUCUUAUAUAAAGGACCAGAAUUUCAGCUCAUGUUUUCUUUUAAUGGAAACCUAAUGAACAUUGUACAUUUUAUGACAUCUUUAAUUCAGAAGAAUCAUUACAGAUACACUUACAGUCUCCAAAACUCAACAGCACCAGCUCCUGUCAAGUUGAGAGGAGAAUUUGGCCCAGAAAUGUACUAUAUUUAUCCUUAAUGUCCUUUGAUGACAGAACCUUGUUUCAUAAAGCAAUUUAGUUCUGCAUAUACAUUAAGCCUGCAUUUGGUUUUAAACCCUUUUUAAAAAAAAUGCAAUUUUGUUGUUAUCAUUGUGAAUAAGGUGAGCUAGUUUUGUAGAUGUGUGAAUUAUUGUGGUUGAGUAACUAGCCAAUGGUCUUACCUCAGAAACAUUGCAUUAUCUUAAUUUCAAUGGCAUAUGUGUAUGUUCACAAAAUGCAUAUUUUAAUUAGGAAGAAGUGGUUUUCUGUUCUUGAUUCUUCUAAGCUAUUGGCAAAUAUUUGCUUUAAAAUGCUUGCAAAUAGUUGGCAAAUAGCUUGACAGCUGUAAAUGCUUACUUUGACUUCUCUGUUUACCCUCUAUACAUUGAUGCUCAUUCCUCCUUUUUUAUGAGAGGCAUCCUAGAGAGGGGAAAUAAGGAGAAUAGUGAAGCAACCUUACUUAAUAUGCCAUCGCUCCUCCUUAAGUCAUGGUACUAAGUGACCAUUAAACCCAUUCCUUCAGGAAAUCACCCUGCAAUUGACUGCUUAUAGUUUCCCAUCCCUCUAGCAAGUAGUUGGCCUUGUAGAGGGAUAGCAAGUUCGAAGAAAGAUAGCCCAGCAGCUUAAAACCCUCUGAUGAGGCUCAAACAUUUUCGUUUUAGGAAAGCGUCAGUCAAAUUUGGCCAAAACACCAAGUUAUUUAUUAUCUCCUUUAUUAUGUGUGACGUUUCCAAAAAAUCACAGCAAACUGUUCUGGUGUUUGCAGAAAUCAUUUUUACUUUAAACAAAUCAGCAGCUUUGUGAUAAAGAAAGAUGGAUAGAGCAUUUUCCAUAUUCUAUUCAGAGAACAAAGCUUUUUUUCCUCUUUCAGAAUUUAGCUACACCAACUAUGGAAGAGAUCUGGGUAACAAAUUAAAAAGGUUUUUUUUCUUUUUCCUUAAAGAAGAAAGAGAAAAUAAUACAUUAUUACCUUUUGUCAGUGGCAAGAAUUGAACCAAAUAAUAGAUAUGACUGGCAUGAUUUAGAAUAUCUUGAAAGGAGAGGAGAGCUACUAUUAUUCCAGAAUAAUUUAGGAUAGGGUUCUUGUUAGCUACAUUGUUAAGAAAGGGAGGGAAGGGGAGCUCAUGGUUUAUGGUCUUAUUGCCUUUCUAUCUCAGAGGGUGUCAUUUUGCCACCUCAGUUUCUCACCAGAUCAAAGGCCCAUAAUGUUUCAUAAAACUCUACCUCACAGGUCACUGUUUGUGGUCUAGAGCUUAAUUUUGGCAAGUUCCACAUGGGGGUGUUCUGAAGGUAACAAAAAGCUUUGACUAGAUAGGUAAGGUAUCUACAUUACAGAGAGUUUCAUGUCAGGAAAAAAAAACAACAAUUAGUCAAUCAGACAAUUAGAAAUUCUUUACUGUGUGAAUUCUCAUAUUUUAUGGGUCACAUAUAGUACAUAUUACUAGUUUGGCCUACAAAAUCCUUUUUGUUCCAUUCCGUAUACACAUUCUCAGCAGAGAAAAUUCUUUUUUCCUGAAAUGGGAAAAUUAAACCAAAUGACAGGCGUAACCUGCAGGAAUUUUUACUUUGAUAUAAAAGUACAAAGUUGCCCCCCAGAUUUGUGUGUCCUUUGUGCUUCCAAAUCUGGAAAGAAAAUACCAGCAGUUUCACAUGCAUUCAAAUAUAUCAUCUACAGUGUAUCUUUUAGGGAACAUGAGGAAAGAACCCAAAAUCAAAUUCUUAAAAUUGUAUAGACAUUACUUUUUAAAAUGACUUUGGUCAAUUAUCUUGAUCACAGUAUCUCUAAUUCACUGUAUGUGGUGCUAACAGAUUUGGAUGGUUUUUUAUAACUACCAGCAAAUACUAUGCCAUAUUUAUGAAGUAAAGAACUUAAAAACCCGUAUGUAUAUCCUUAUGUAUUUUAGUUUCACAAAGGAUACAGUAUCCAUUUAUUGAAGAUGCCUUUGUGCAAGCGGACUUAUUUUAAUUUUAAAUAAUCAUUCAUAACAGAUCAAAGACAGAACUUUUACUAACCACUGAAAAUGUUUUGAAAGGGGUACCAUACAAUUAAGUGGGCAAAAUUUACAAUAUAAAGUUUAUGUUGUAUCAAUAGCAUAUGAAAAUAACAUUAUCACUAAAUGCAGAAAAUGACUUUUUAAACUAGCCCUAUCAAUUGCUAUUGGUUUUUCACCACUUUAAUAUCAGUAAUUAGUAUAUUACAUUAGAUUACUUUUACAGUGAGAUAUAUUUUUGAUUGCUUGCAUACUAAACUUCUCGUUCUUCCAUUAUCCUACUGUAAGGGAUUAGCUAAUUAAAUUAAAGAGGACGGCCAGCCAGAAAAAUUAGUCCAAAUAUACAUUGAUUGAUUCUAUUCAGUUACAGGCUAAGUCUUGACACGUCUUCUAAUAAGUUGUCCAAAUCAUUUAACUAUGGUAGAAUUUAGGGGACAUCAGUUGGGGUUUAGAAAUAUUUAUAGCAAAGAUUUCCUGCAGUAAUAAUAACUUUUAAAUUAGUUGACCUUUAAAUAUAUUAAACCAAUUAAAAUAAAUGUAUUUUUAUUCUAAUCCUAAUUCAUGUAUUUAUUAAUAUUAUUGAAAUAAUCAAUAGAUAAUCUAAGGGGAAGAUAUCAAUUUUCAUAAAAUUACUGAUUUGCAAAUGCUAAUCUUCAAAUAUGCAUCGGUAGACUAGGAUUCUUAGUUUCACUUUGUUCUCAAAAUUUUGUUAGCCACAGUAAAUUACUGACUCAUUUUUUAAAAAAAGAUUCUUCCCCUGCUCUGGCUUUGAGAGUGUCAGUUAUCUGGUUUGGUUGGUUCUGGUUACAGUCUCAUGGAUAUCAAAAUUCCCCUCUGUUUUAUGCGCAUUAUUCACUGAGCAUUUUCUCAAAGCUUUUUACAAGGUACAAAAAUAGUACCCAGUAACAUUUAAGUAAAGGUAACAGGAAACAAAAGAACCUUCAAACAGAGAGUGUUCUCUGCAACCACCACCCCCUCUUCAAAGAAUAAUAAGCAUAUGGCAGAAAUUUAUGCCUGUGUGAUAUGGGCUCAAGAGAGCUGCAUUCAUAUUAUCUUUUGAGGGGAUCACCAAGUUAUGUCAACUACAUUAAUUAAGUCUAUUUAAUAGAGUUGUAGGGUUUUUCUAGUUAGUUGACAUCUAUGCCCUAUGAACUACACUGAUAAACAGAAUUACUGUCUACUCCAGGCUACUGAAUUGAAAUUCUGUGUUCAUCUUAAACAGUUUGCUUUAAAGUUUUGUUUUGUUUUGUUUUGUUUUCCCUUCCCUUUGCGCCUUCAGAACAAUUCUGGAUUUAUUGCUGUUGUAAAUCAGUUAAGACCUGAUUUUCCUGCGGCCUUUACUAUAUUUCAUUACUUUUAGGAUACCCUGGUUUCAGCUACCCAAUUUCAUAGGGUAAUUUUCUGUAAUUUUCUAACCCUCUGGAACAGGGACUCUAAACUUGGGGUGAUGAACUUUAAAAAAAAAAACUAUUUUGAUAACUAUCUCAACAUAAUUGAUUUGCUUUAUGUACUUUCUCUCAUGCAUUUAAAAACAUUCUGAGGAGUCCAUAGGCUUUGCCAGAUUAUUGAUGUUGUCCAUGUUACAUAAAAGGUUAAGAAUGUCCCUAAAGAACCUUAAGUUUCAUUUUGUAGUGAAAUUCCAUUUUACUGUGUAACUUGGGUUUUGAAGACUGCAUUUAAUAUUGCAGUUAUGUCUUCUUUCUUUUUUUUGCAUUUCCAUUUAAAGGGCUUUAAAUUGAUUUUUAAAAAUCACCUGGUCACAUUAAAGACAUUUUGUGAAAGCCUACACAAACUAAAGCUCUUCAUCCCACAUUUGGUAGACCUGACUUCUGACUCUAAGAGAAAACCUUAACUUUCAAGGAACCCCUGCAGGUUCAAUUGUGAUUCUGCCAUAUUAUAACAAGACACCUAGGACCACUCCAUUCUGGAGUAUAUUUGGCACACCUUGGUUUGAUUUCCAGACUCUGAAUCUCAUUUUUCUUUAAACUGAAGUUUUUUAGAACAUAAAAAGAGGACUGUAUAUAAAGCCAUGAAUCUCUAUUCCAUACGGCUUGCUCUUUUUAAAAGCAUAUAAAAAACUCAACACAUAACUUUCAAAGCUGUCCUGCUUGUAUGUGUUCCAUCUGAACAUCCUUCUGUUCUCUUCUAUGAAUAAUUUCUAUGGCCUCCUUUUCUUGGCAUUGCAAUUGGUGGCCUUCCUCUGUUCCCCACGUCCUUCCCAGUUAAAAACAGGAGGAAAAAAAAAUAAACCUUGCAAACAAAUCCAUAAUAGUCAAGCAAAACAAUUCCACAUGGUUGAUAUGUCCAAAAAGUAUGUCUCUAUAGCCCUUUGUCAAAAGGUAGGAGAUAUAUUUUGUCAUUGGUCCUUUGGUUGGUCAUUGCUUUGAUCAGAGUUCUUAAAUUCUGACCCUUAAGUUCUUAAGUUCUGACCCUUCUGGGCUUUUCUUUGCUCAUGUGUUAGCAUUUAAAGGUUCCUACUCAGCUCUGGUAUUAUAAGGAAUGCCUAGAAUUCCCCUACUCCAUUAAAAAUCCAUUUCCCCCAUGUAGUAUUAUACACAGCUUUACAAGGGAAAAUUAUUCUUGAUUAUAAAUCAACAUCUUUUGCUUUUUUAAUUAUUCUACUUCAAGAUCUCCUUUCACUUAUAAUAAACAUUGCUUGGGCCUAUGUGAUCCUCACUAUGGUACCUUAGUUUUUGAAUUCUUUCUUUCUGGUUGCUUGCUACAUUUUGUCUUUGACAUGGGAGUUCUGGAUUUUGGCUUGACAUUCCUAGGUGUUUGGAGUUUAAGAUUUUUUUUUCUUUCAGUAGUCAAUUGGUGGAUUUUAUUUUCCUUUGUGCUCUGGUUCUAAUAGAUUGGGAAAUUUUCAUUUAAGAUUUCUUUAUGAAGUACAGCAUCCAGGUUGUUUUAAAUGGUUUUCAAAGAAUCUCACCAAUUCUUAAAUCAUCUAUUCUUGACCUGUUUUCCAGGUCAAUUGCUUUUGAUAGUUAAUAGCUUACAUUUUCCUCUAUUUUUUCCAAUGGCUUAAUUUUGUUCUAAUAUUUCUUGUUAUUUGAGAGUUUUUAUUUCUGUGUAGUCUAUUUCAAUUUUCAAGGACUAUAUUACUUGAGAAAAGUUUACCAUUUUCUCUUUUAGGUUACUGAUUCACCUUCCAAUUCUUUCCUCCAGAGUACUGAUCUCUUGCUUCAUUUUUUUCUGGGUAUUCAUUUAGUCCUUGUGGAAGAUUGAUUUUUUUUUUUUUGUCCUUGGAGUCUCUGCUUGCAGUUGUGAAGUUCCUCUCUUCUUCUAGGUUGGAUAUUUGACUAUCUCUGGAUCUGUAACAAUAUAGUUGUCAGUGUCUUAUGUUUACUCAUAUCUUCAGGCUUAGUUCCUAAACUGGGGCUUUGUGACAGGGCCAGGCUCUGCCCUCUGCUAUGCUUUUAGGUGGGGUGGUUAGCCCUUCUGAUCUUGACCUAAGUCACUAGAGUUCUUGAACUGACCUCCACCUCCCAGGGUAUGUCUAUGCUAGGUGCAUACAGUUGGUUUUUAGGUCCCCCUGGAUCUUUGAGAUUCAGUGUGCUCCAUCAUCAGGGCCCUUCUAAAGCAUCUCUGGAUAGUGUCCCUGUGCCAGGAGUGUCCUAAUCUGCGUAUGCUCAAGGGAGACCACCCUGAGCAUUUCUUGUGGGAAAGCCCUCUACUCUUUUUUUUUUUUUAGGCAAUUGGGGUUAAGUGACUUGCCCAGGGUCACACAGCUAGUAAGUGUUAAAUGUCUGAGGCCGGAUUUGAACUCAGGUACUCCUGACUCCAGGGCCGGUGCUCUAUUCACUGCACCACCUAGCUGCCCUGAGCCCUCUACUCUUGCUGUCUCUGAAUACAGAGCCUUGCAGGCCAUAGGUUUCCCUGGUCUGUCCAUGGGUGUGCAGGGAGGGUUGUGUCUUGUUUACCGAGGGCACAGGCUUUUCUGGAAGGUUCCUUUUUUUUUUUUGGCGGGGCAAUGGGGGUUAAGUGAUUUGCCCAGGGUCACACAGCUAGUAAGUGUUAAGUGUCUGAGGCUGGAUUUGAACUCAGGUCCUCCUGAAUCCAGGGCCUGUGCUUUAUCCACUGCGCCACCUAGCUGCCCCCAGAAGGUUCCUUUCUUAUUGCCUAAAGAUUUUUGGCUGACUUUUUAAUUCUGGGGUGGAUGAAGUCAUUUGCUGUAGUUUCUCAGUGGAUUUCUUGAUCAUUAUUCAGUCUGGUGCUAUUUUUAUGUUUCUGCUGAAACAGGUAUGUAAUGUAGAAGCUAGGACAUCUGCGUUUGUUCAAGCAAGCUAUCUUGGCCUCAUCUUGACUGCGCACUUUUGUAAAUGGGACUAUUUCUUAGAAAAGUCAUUCUCCUAAGAGGCAGUAGAGAGCACUGGACUUGAAGUCAGAAGACUUAGACUCGUCUUAUCUCUACCACAUCAGAUAUUAGACAAAUCUCUUUGUCUCUCUGGGCCUGUUUCUUCCUUUAGAAAACAUGAAAGGAUUGGCUUAGAUGACCACUAAGGUCAUUUCUAAAUCUAAAGGCCUAUGAGCCUUUGGCAGGGGAUCUUAACCUGAGUUAAGAUUGAUUUUGUGGGGUCCAUGAACUUGGAUGGGGAAAAAAAUUGUGUAUUUAUUUUCACUAACCUUUGGUUUCCUUUAUGAUCCUAUGUAUUUUAUAUUAUAUAUUUGAAAAUAUUAUUCUGAGGGGUCGAAAGACUUCACCAAGAAUGCCAGAGGGGUCUAUGACAUGAAAAAAUUUAAGAACCCCUGUUGUGUGAUCUAUAAUUCUACUAUCAAAUGGAAGUAUUAUUAAGUGUAAUUUAGUCUGUCUUGACCUAGCCAAAACUAAGUAAAUCUGAAAGUAUACUGAGUUUUUAAACAGAUACAUGAUGUAUUCAUUUUGGAUAUGUGAACAGGUGCAGGAACAAAAUUCAAUGCUACAUAUAUUUAUAGUAGUACUUUGUCUUGAAAAUGUUAAGUAGAAGAGAUAUUACAAAAGUUCAAGUUGCAUUUGUGAUUCUCAUUGAAAUGGCUACAAUUUUGUUUCUGUAGGACAGAUACCACUGUCAAAAAAUUGUGGAGAAAAAAGAGGUGUCUUAAACUGAAUUAAUAUGUAAAAAAUACUAAUACAGAUUAAAUAUUCUAUAUCAGG